AUGUAUUCAAAAGACCUAAAUUUAUUAAAAAAUGCAUUUUAUAGUUGGACUCAAUUUUGGAAUGGUUCAAAAAAUUAUAAAUACAAAAGAGACCUAUUUUACAAAAAAUUAUUGAUCUUCAAUUAUAAAUACCUGCUCAAAAAAUAUUUCAAUGGAUUUAUAUAAAAUAGUUAAAGAUUAGUUACUUUGCAUUAUUAAAAAGAAAUGGCUAACAACUUUAGAUCUUAAAAAAUUUAAUACCUCAAACAUUAAACUCUUAAAGCAUUUUAAAAAAAUGUUACUAUUANUAGUGAUGAAUUAUUUGGUGGAUAUUUAUAUUUUCAUAAGGCACCUAAUAGAGUAGAGUUUCAUUAAGAAUUGAUAAGGAAACUUCAUGAUCUUCAUAAAUAUGAUUUACUAAGAGCAAAUAAAGCAUGUUUGGCUUGGGGAAUCGAAACUAGGCCUCCAUUUAUGAAUAAAUAAUGGAUUGAAUAUGUUAUGCAAAUUGAUCCUAAAUAUAAAAUGAUCAAUGCCUUUGAACCUCAAAUGGAAAAAUUCAUUCUUAGAAAAGCAUUUGAGGAUUUAGAACAUCCUUUUGUUCCAUAAGAUAUCUUAUGGAGAUAAAAAGAACAAUUCAGCGAUGGAGUGGGAUAUAGUUGGAGAGAUGGUAUUAUAAAGAGAGCUAAUCAAUUAAUCUCUGAUUAAGAGUUCUCUUAAGCAUCAACCAAAUAUCCAGUUUCAACUCCAAGAGACAAAGAAUAAUAUUGGUUUAGAUAGAUAUAUUCUUCAUAUUUCACCAGUGAAAGUGCUGUCUUAACUGUUCCAUAUGCCAGAUCUAUUGCUUGUUCAACCGAAAAAGUAAUCAAUUUUUAUUUAUCUUUAGGCAUUAGAAUGGGAUGAGGCAUUUAAGAAAAAUACAGAUGAAUCAGGUAGAGCUGUAUUAGCUGUUCAUAAUGACGCUAUUAAGGAAAUCAUCUAACAAGAUGAGGACCGUUCAACUGAAGAUAUUUCCAAAGCACAAGAGCAUUUCUAAUUAUGA